UACUGCAACUCACAGAUCCGCUGACUUUGAUCGAAGAAAAUGAAUUACUUUUGCGAGGACAUGCAAUAGUGCCGCUUGCGAUCACCAUUCCCGUGGCAGUCGGAAUUGUUCUGUCAAACUUUUUAUGCAUUAUGGUUAAAGUGCGUUACAAGCCGCGGUUUCAUGAAGAGAACAAGUAUUAUAUGAUAAACUUGGCUUUGACUAAUAUACUGUACGGUAUUCUUAUAAUAACUCAUUGUGGAUUUUACUUGCAUCACGAGAAAAGUAUUAGUGGGUUAUUAAAUAAAACUACGGCAGUAUGUGUACUUUCAAAAGUGCUGUAUGUCAUAGAAUAUCAACCGUUUUUAUCACUUACUGCAAUGGGGUUGGAUAUAGCCUAUUAUUGUUACUAUCCUCUGGAUUACAGCAUUAGAAUGACAAAAUGCAAAAUCGGAAGAAAUAUUAGUAUUUGUUGGCUCUAUACCUUGAUACUCACAGUGAUAGUCAUGAGUAUUGUUGGCACAAGCAACGUUUGCAACAUUUCUGCUAUUAAGGCACAUUCUGCGGUCCUGAUGUUUCCACUGCUUUGUCAUGCUUUGCCUGGAAUCAUUGUGAUAAUUGUAUUCGCAUAUAUGCAAAGGAUGCUAAGUUGCAAUGGACAAGCAAUUGAAAUGCCCAUUCAUACCGUUCCCAGAUUUUUAAAAGAUUUUUUCCUACUUUUUACUGUGUGUACGUUCUUAGGCAUUCUCCACGUUAUACUUCACGUUGGAUUUUAUACGUUCAAGUGGAAUAUUAAACGAUGGUCUGUAGAAUUGAUCGUUUGCCUGAACAAUUUUUUCAACUGCUUCUUUGCUCCAUGGGUCUACUGCCUUGCAAGAAAAGAAGUUCGAGUUCGAGUCAUUAAGUCAUUUCGCAUUUUUCUAUCAGAGAGAUUUGGUUUAGAUUUAUACAAAAAAUGGGAAGCUAAGAACUUCUUCAGGAAACCAUCUGCAAAAGUAUCUACAAUCGCAAAGAGCAAAAACUGUUUAGUAGUUGAAUGUGCUCAACAACAAUCGAUAAUCAAAAACCAAAACUUUCCCGAACCAAUAAACAGUGUCAAAGAGAACAAAGAAUUUUCAACAAUAAAGACGCAAUUGCCUGUUGUUGCUGAAAAAAAUUGUGUGGUGUUGGUGGAGGGUGGCACUCCAAGUAACUUUAUACGCGGUGGCGUAUCAGCCGUUGUGCCUACUGGGGCAGCUGUAACUCCGGACAUAGUAUCUACGGUUACCAAAACUGCUAUCCCUAGACCUAUGCUCAGAGUUAGCCCAGUUGUUGUUCUCCAAAAACCGUCAAUCAAGCGAAAAACUGUGAAUGAAGAUGCAAUCCUUCCGCAUGUUCCCAUGCGUUGAACAUACAUUCUAUUCACUCCCAAUAAAGAAAUAUAAAAUCAUUUUCUAAAUAAUGAUCUAGUUACAAUGCUACCUAGAGGAAAAGUUUGUAAUUCUCGGAGUAGUUUGGAGACAAUAUAAAAAUAAUGUACAACAAAAAGUUGAUCUUCACUGUUGACAACGGAUUUUACUAAAUGUCAAGAUGAACAACUUUCAAUAUCACGUUGAAAAAUUGCACUAAGUACAUCUACAGCCAUGCCAGCUUGUACAGGCGCCUAUAUUUCGAGACAUGUGACAUUACGUAUUGUAUUUUUACAACAUAUUGAAAAAAAUAUUGUUAAUUGUCGACAAGUACAAAGUGUGAUAUUUUUGAAUUAGUCAAA